AUGUUUGCGUGUAGGUCGUCUGUGAUACGAUCCUUCUCAAGAGAGAAUAUCAAAGUACAUGGUACCAUAAUUGGUGCUUUUGUUGUGGUACCCUAUUUUGUUAGGCUGGCUAGUGACUUGGUGUCACCUAAAAAAACUAAAGCUGAAACUAAUUCAAACAGUAAUUCAUUGCAGGCCGGAAAAUCACCUUCAAUCCAGGAACUGUACGAGAUCAGUGAGCCUUUACGAGACAACAAUGUUCAUAUUGAUGUUCGUAAUCAACGACCGGCGGAUAGUCUUAAAAAGAACCGUCAAUAUCAAAUAGAGAAGGUGGAGCAGAAUAUAAGACAUUUGGCUACGCCUAGGCAGAUGAAGGCAUAUCUGGACAGCCACGUGAUUGGUCAGGAUAAUUGCAAGAAAGUUAUGGCGGUUGCCAUCUAUAAUCAUUAUUUGAGAGUCAACGAUAACUUGAUUCGUAGGAUUCGAGAGGGAAAGUUGCAUUCCAAAAGUGUCAAGAGUUCUGGUAAUAUAUUAGAUAUGGAUAAUAUUCCUGGCGCCAGAGAAAAGGAACAGAUGGCACUCGAGUUUUCACAAGGUUCAAGUGCUGUGGAGUCUCCUGAGUUAGAAAAGUCGAACCUUAUGCUUAUUGGUCCAAGUGGCUCUGGAAAGACUCUUAUGGCUAAAACAAUGGCUCGUGUGCUCAAUGUUCCUAUAGUAAUACAGGACUGUACAGCUUUAACUCAGGCGGGCUACAUUGGUGAAGAUAUUGCCGAUUGUAUUCAGAAAUUAUUUGUGCAAGCUGAUUAUGACGUCGAUCAGUGUGAGAGGGGUAUCAUAGUUCUUGAUGAGGUGGACAAGUUGGCCAAACGGUCGGUUAUGAGUGGCUCCAAGGAUAUUUCAGGCGAAGGAGUUCAGCAAUCAUUAUUGAAAUUGAUUGAAGGUGGUCAGAUUUCCGUUCAGCCUAAGCAAGAGAAUAGUGUUGCCAGAAAUUCCAAGUCUUCAGCCGCCGAACAGAACGUUAUCAUUGAUAGUUCAAACAUUUUGUUUAUUGCGAUGGGAGCAUUUAUUGGCUUGGAUGAUAUAAUAUUUGAAAGGCUGGUCGCAGAUGUUGACGAAAAUAUUACAGAUACAUACGGGUCAAGCUUACAAAGGGUGAGUCCUGAAGAUCUUGUUAAGUUUGGUAUGAUACCUGAAUUCAUUGGACGGCUCCCUGUGAUUGCUACAUUGAAAGAAUUAACUGCAGAAGACCUCGAACGUGUACUUGUGAGACCCAAAAACUCCAUUAUAAAGCAGUACGAAUACACUUUUUCACGGUUGGGUAUCAAGUUGGCUGUCACUGGGCCGGCUUUGCAGUGUGUGGCGCACCUCUCACUUGAAAAUGGUACUGGUGCAAGAGGCCUUCAUAGUAUAUUAAGCAAACUCUUGCUUUCUGCAAAUUAUGAAUGUCCUGGUAGCAAUAUCUCAUAUGUUCUUAUCGAUCGAGAGACUAUCGAGAAGUUUAUGGCUUCUUUGAAGACUGGAGGUAAGUCAUUUGAUGAGUUUAAACCAAAAUAUUACAAUUCACAGAAUCAUGAUCAGUUCUUGGAAACGAUUAGGGGAGAGGAUCCACUUCUGGAGUCCCGGCUUCGUAAUGAUCUCAUGUAA